UAAACACGAGAUCGCGAAUUUCAUUUCUCACUCGUGCUCCAUCGAAAUUCGUUCAUUUUUAGUGAAUUUUCCGCCUGUUUUAAUUCGUUUUUAGUAAUUUUAACCGUUUUAAUUCGCUUAUUAUAAUGGCUAAAGUAAAAGAACGUAAAUCAGAAUCGUGGAAACCGGGCGUACAUCACGACGACGGUUUCAUUUCGAAGAAUAAGAAACGUAAAGAUAAACGUAUGUCUUUGAAUCUAUCCGCGAAGAAAAUCGAUACCGACGAAUUUAUUCCUAUUAAGAAAUCGUUUCCGGCGUUCAAUAAGUCCAAAGAUGGUCUGGGAACCACUCCUAGUAAAUUCUUAUCACCCGCGUUGGAGCGGAAGCAAACACCGAAGAAGAAAGAUACGCCGUUACCGACAUCAGGUAAAAAACAAGAUGCAGCUUCGAACAUGCGUAAAUUUAGUCUCAGUCAUAUAUCGAAAGAGUUGAACGGUGGUUCUCCUAAUAUAAAGAAAGAGCCUUUCGGUACACCUAAAGGUAAAGCUGGACUUGCCGGUACUCCUAAGUCGAAGACUGAACCGUUCGGUACUCCUAAGAUAAAAUUAGAGAAUACUACUCCUAAGUCGAAACCUACUCCGGCCGCCGGUACUCCUAAAGCUAGCAUAGAACCAGUUAUCAAAUCAGCGUUGAAAAAGAAGGCUCAAAAGUUCAUCGAUCACGAAGCCGAACAAGGCGAAGAACCCAUCACUGAUAAAGAAGUAAAACCGUACGUGAAAGGUGCUGCAAAGAAGAGGAAAUCCAUCACGUUUCAAAGUCCCAUCGACGACGUAAGUGAUAGUAGCGAUUCGGACGAAUCUGAUGACGACGAAAUGACCAGUGCUCGAGAUUUCCUCGAUAGUGAAGCCAGCGAAGGAGAGGAAACCGAUGAUGGCGAAAUCGACGAACAAGAUUCAGACGAUGACGACGACGACGACGAUAGCGAUGCUUUUGAUUUUAUGACUGGCGAUGACGACGACGACGAGUUAGACGAAGAAGACAGCGACGAAGAUGGCGAAGAAGAAGAAGAUGAUGAAGACGACAGUGACGAGCCAGAUAGCGAUGAAAGUGACGACCAAGCACAGUUACCAAAAAUCCAAGCCAAUAAGAAACCAGAUCCUAAAGCUCAAGCCAAGAAAACCGUCGUCGAACGUGAUAGCGACGAAGAUGACAGUGACGAUGAAAUCGAAGAACAUUCGUCGAAACAGAUUCAAUCCAUUAUCAAUCAGAUCAAGAAACAAAUACCCGAAAAACCUGCUCCGAAAGCUGCUCCUCAGCCCACCGCUAACCAGAUUAAGAAAGAGAAAAUCGAGAAGACACCGAAAGUAAACGAACCAGCAGCCAAGAAACCCAAAGUGGAAAACCUCAAAGAACAGAAAGCCACCGAAGAUGAAACUCCUGCUGCUUCAGAAUACGCCGGAUAUAUCAAAUUUUUACCCAACACGAUCACUGCGGCUCAAAUCAAAUCUCAACUCGCUACCCAGAUCAGUCCUGAUAAGAUAGUAUCGAUCGUUUUGAAGAAAAACAAUACCAAGAAGUCGAAUAAAUGCCUGGUUUAUGUUACCGAUGAAGAUACUUUGGACAAAUUGGAAAACAAGACCUAUACCAUCGGAGAAACCAAAUUCAAAGUGUUCAAAGCCAGAGAAAGCAAGAAACCUGAAAAAAAUACGCCUUUAGCUUUCCUCCCCAGAGUACCAUUAACUAUCGAUAACGAUAAGAUUAAAUCGAUCAUCGAAGCCGAUAUCGGAGCUGGUAACGUCAAGACUUUGAAAUCGAAAAAAACUAACGAGAAAUUGCAAACUCGUAACGUGAUCAUCGAAGUAGCCAACGAAGAUAUUUUGAAAAAAAUCAUUUACAAAGGAAGUUACACGUGCAAUGGCACCGAUCUAGUUGUUCGACAAGCUUUCGAGUCCGGAUUCCAAAUACCAAUUUAUAAAAUUGUAUUCUCCGGUGUUCCUGAAAACACUACCGAAGCUCUUAUUAAGAAAGCUGUCGAGAUGAAAAUUGGCAAAGGAAGCGUAAUGGCGGUCAAGUUCUCGUUCCGUAAAAAAUCAUUCGCAUUCGUCACGUUGAAUAACGAGCAAGCUCAGAAAAAACUUCUCGAUUCGAGCGCUCAAGUCACAAUCAACGGAACUAAACUACAAACACUGGAAUUCAAACCUCGCGUACCUAAAACUAAACGUGGCCCAGCUAAGAAAAAACCUCAAGGAGCUCCGCCAGCGAAGAAACAAAAAAUCGACCCGAAAUCUUCAGCCGAAAAUAAACCUAAAAAAGCUCCUAAACCAGACGUAGGCGCAGGUUCUCCGGCUAAAAAGCAACAACAACAACAAAACUCGCAACAGCAAAAUAAACCCAAACAACAGGCUCAAAACAACGCCCAAGCUUCUCCUCAGCAGCAGCAGAAUAACCAGUCAUCGAAGAAACAAAAUAAACAAAAACAACAGCAACAGAAAAAACAAAACCAACAACAGCAGCCUGGUUCGCCUCAACAGCAGCAACAAAAGAAACAAAACCAACAACAGAAUCAGAAGUCUGGUUCGCCUCAACAGCAGCAACAGAAAAAACAAAAGCAACAACAACAGCAACAGAAAUCUGGUUCGCCUCAGCAGCAACAGAAACCGAAACAACAACAGCAACAACAACCUGGUUCGAAUCAAUCGUCGCCUAAGAAAAAUAAGAAUAAGAAAGCUAAAAAUAAAUCUCCCAAUCAAAAUCAACCUCAAACUCCCGAUAAGAAAGCUAAUUUAAGUAAUAAAUUAGAAGCGAAGAAAGAAAAACUGAAAAAUAAGAAGAAUAAAAAGAAGCAAGCGGAUACCAGUAUUUAGAGACGAUCAGAUAGAGAUUUUACUUACAUAUUCGUAUGUAGGUUGUAGAUUUCAUUUGUGAUAUGAUUUGAUUUUUUUUUUACUGAUUUGAUGUUCGAUCUAAGAUUUGUCAUCAAUUUUUCCCAUUUUUUUUUUGUACCGCUAGAAAUCUAGAAUCAUUCUUGACUGAAUGAUGAUUCAUGUUCGAAGUUACUUAGUAAGUUGUUCUCUGUAUUCACUCGAGCAGUGAAUCGUUUCGUUAUUUAGCUUCGGCUGUUAAUAUGUCUUAUUAAAAAUAUCGAUUAUGUA